AUGAGCGAAGCGCUCCGUAGUGAGGCGGGCGCGGAUAGCGCGCACUUGCCGCCUUUCUCUACCUUCGGCGAGAUGGCUGAGAACGAGCAACGGAUACUCACCGCCGACACCCGACUCUUAGACCCGGGCUGGGAAUACUACGAGAGGACCGGCGACACGGUAUCCGUGAUUGCCAGCCAGCCGCAAUACCGCCCGUGGGAGUCCAUGCCUAUCACGGUCAACUCGAAAGAUGCAAUACUCCGGGCUGGUUUCUCAUCUCCUCUUGAGUACCAGUCAGUCACGCUACAGCCAAUAGCGAAUAAGCUACCGUCCUUCCAAAGCCAAUUCCAAACAUUUCCAGAAACCACAGUGAUACCGGAAACGGGGCUCCCCAGUGUGACACCAGUACCUGUCACAACUAGCCCGACCCCUAGCGCGAGCCCUAGUCAGUUAACCCAGCUCACGCAACUCACAACACCAUCAUCACCACACUUAACCACUCUGGCACAGGUGGCCCCUUUGUCGACAACUCUAACGACACUGUCACCUGUAAAUGCCACAACAUUCCAUACUUUAACUGCUGUAAAUGCUCGGAGUUAUCCAAUAGUCCCUGCUCCUUUGCAAGCUCGAGAAUUAGCGCCAGCCGGCCAGACGUAUAUCGACGAUCGGCAUAUACAACUCUAUCAGCCAAAUAUUGCGACAAUAAAUGCGUUUCCUACACAAAACAGUAUAUUACACCAAAAUGGAACGCUUCUACAUCAAAAUGGAAGCUUAAUACAAAAUAUCCAAAGCCCUACCGUAGUUCAUGUAUUGAAGAAUGAACCUUUUGAUGUAAAAUCUCUUCAAGACAAAUAUACACCGAAUGGAUUACAUCAUAAUAAUUUUCAAAAUCCUAUGCUCAUUGACAAUGGGUAUGAUAAGAAAUCAAAUGGUUUUGGAAGUGGCUCCUCUCCUACACGGUCAGAUUUUCGAAAAAAGGAGAGACGGAAAAUGCGUGCUAACAGUUCAGAAUCAGAUUGUUCUAACAUGGAAGUAGGGUCAGAGAGUAGUGGGCAAGUUGCCGCAGUAUCGUCUACUGCCGGCUUCAAAUCCCCAAUGCAUGGGGCACCACCGAUGGCCACUGGACCAAUGGAUCUCGAUGAUAUAUCAAGUGAAAAACAGUGCUUCCCAUCACAGACUAAGAAAAAAAGGAAGAGAUGUGGCGAAUGCAUCGGUUGCCAAAGAAAGGACAACUGCGGCGACUGUGCGCCGUGUCGCAACGACAAGUCUCACCAAAUAUGCAAGCAGCGGCGGUGCGAGAAGUUGACGGAGAAGAAGCUUAUUUUGGCGCCGGACGGGACGUUGCAGACGGUCAAGAGCGAGUCGCGCCGAGGUCGCGGAAGAGGGCGCGCUUCAACCACACCUCUUUUCACAGCCUCCGGCCUGCCACCUGUAGUUCAUUCAGUGGCGGAUUUUGAAUUGCAAAUUGUAAUUCAA